UCCCCGGGCACGGCGCACCCUCUCCCGGCACGGCGCAUGGACUGAUCCCGGAGCGCAGAGCAGCGCAGCUCCGCACCCCACCGGCCGCUGCAGCCCAGCCGAGUCUUCUCUCGCCCGCCGCUGUGCUCCGGGCUCUCCGUGGCCUCUCGGAGUCUCCCACUCGUCACCCUCCCCUCUUCAACUUUGAAGGGUCCGUGCAGUGCGGGCCACAAGAUUUCCGGGAGCUUUCCUGAUUUUUGCUUUUUUUUCUGUGCGCCCCUUCCCGCGGGGACCCACCGGGAGCCAGUGCCCAUGGAUAUAAUCUUGGUCCUGUGGGUUUGUUUGAGCGCAGCCAGGUCAGUGGUAGGCUUUGGAAUGGACCCUGACCUUCAACUUGACAUUAUCACUGAGCUUGAUCUUGUGAAUACGACUGUUGGAGUUACUCAGGUGUCAGGACUACACAAUACCAGCAAAGCAUUUUUGUUUCAAGAUGUAGAAAGAGAGAUCCAUGCAGCCCCACAUGUGACUGAGAAGUUAAUUCAACUCUUUCGGAAUAAAAGUGAAUUCACGUUCUUGGCUACUGUGCAGCAGAGGCCAUCAACUUCAGGAGUGAUUCUGUCUAUAAGAGAGCUGGAGCACAGCUAUUUCGAACUGGAGACCAGUGGCUUGAGGGAUGAGAUAAGAUAUCACUAUAGAUUUAAUGGGAAAUCAAGGACGGAAGCUUUUCCCUACCGGAUGGCUGAUGGCCAGUGGCACAAGAUUGCUCUGUCGGUUAGUGCUUCCCAUCUUCUGCUCCAUGUGGACUGCAACAGUGCUGUCCCUCAUCUAGCCAUUGCCAUUGCCAAUGUCAUUGUGGACUCCAAUCCAUGCUCUCAUAUAACUAAUGAGGGUGUCAUUCAAGACGUGAAAGUCAUCUUUAUGCCAAAUGGAUACAUAACACAAUGUCCUAACCUGAAUCGCACAUGUCCAACCUGCAGUGAUUUCUUAAGCCUGGUGCAAGGGAUAAUGGAUUUGCAAGAGCUUUUGGCCAAAAUGACUGCCAAACUGAAUUAUGCAGAAACAAGACUCAGUCAGUUGGAAAACUGCCAUUGUGAGAAGACCUGUCAAGUAAAUGGACUGAUCUAUCGAGACCAAGACUCCUGGGUAGACGAUGAUCACUGCAGGAAUUGCACGUGUAAAAGUGGAGCGGUAGAAUGCCGGAGGAUGUCCUGUCCCCCUCUCAACUGCUCUCCUGACUCACUCCCUGUCCACAUUGGAGGCCAGUGUUGUAAAGCAUGUCGCCCAAAGUGUAUCUAUGGUGGAAAAGUUCUCGCUGAGGGCCAUAGAAUUUUAACCAAGAGCUGUCGAGAAUGUCGAGGUGGAGUUUUAGUAAAAGUGACUGAAACGUGUCCUCCUUUGAACUGCUCAGCGGAAGAUCACAUUCUCCCAGAGAACCAGUGCUGUAGCGUCUGCAGAGGUCAUAACUUUUGUGCAGAAGGACCCAAAUGUGGUGAAAAUUCUGAGUGCAAAAACUGGAACACCAAAGCUACCUGUGAAUGCAAGAGUGGUUAUAUUUCUAUCCAAGGAGACUCUGCAUACUGCGAAGAUAUUGAUGAAUGUGCUGCUAAGAUGCACUAUUGCCAUGCUAACACAGUGUGUGUUAACCUGCCUGGAUUGUAUCGUUGUGACUGUGUCCCAGGAUAUAUCCGUGUGGAUGACUUUUCAUGUACAGAACAUGAUGAAUGUGGUAGCGGCCAGCACACCUGUGAUGACAAUGCAAUCUGCACUAAUACUGUCAGGGGACACAGCUGCACCUGCAAGCCUGGCUAUGUGGGCAAUGGAACCAUCUGCCGAGCUUUCUGUGAAGAAGGAUGCAGAUAUGGAGGGACGUGUAUGGCCCCUAAUAAAUGCCUCUGUCCAUCUGGAUUCACAGGAAGCCACUGCGAAAAAGAUAUUGAUGAAUGUACAGAGGGAAUCAUUGAGUGCCACAACCAUUCUCGCUGUGUUAACCUGCCAGGGUGGUACCACUGUGAGUGCAGAAGCGGUUUCCAUGACAAUGGAACCUAUUCACUUUCCGGAGAAUCCUGUAUUGACAUAGAUGAAUGUGCCUUAAGGACCCACACCUGUUGGAAUGAUUCUGCCUGCAUCAACCUCGCAGGAGGGUUUGAUUGCCUUUGUCCUUCUGGGCCAUCCUGCUCUGGGGACUGUCCCCAUGAAGGCGGCCUAAAGAGAAAUGGUCAAGUGUGGACUCUGAAAGAGGACCGGUGCUCAGUGUGUUCCUGCAAGGAUGGAAAGAUAUUCUGCCGACGGACUGCUUGUGAUUGUCAGAAUCCAAGUGUUGAUCUCUUCUGCUGCCCAGAAUGUGACACCAGAGUUACCAGUCAGUGUUUAGACCAAAAUGGACAUAAACUCUAUCGAAGUGGAGACAACUGGACAUACAGCUGCCAGCAGUGCCGCUGCAUGGAAGGAGAAGUGGACUGUUGGCCACUCACCUGCCCCAGCCUGAGCUGCGAGUACACGGCAGUCUCCGAAGGGGAAUGUUGCCCCCGCUGCGUCAGUGACCCCUGCCUGGCAGAUAACAUUGCCUAUGACAUCAGAAAAACCUGUCUAGACAGCUAUGGCGUGACCAGACUUAGCGGUGCCAUUUGGACAAUGGCUGGAUCCCCCUGCACAACCUGCAAAUGCAAGAAUGGAAGUGUGUGCUGUUCUGUGGAUUUAGAAUGUCUUCACAAUAACUGAAGUAUUUAGCAUGGACUUACCUGGGUGAGGAAAACAACAGACACAGUGAUCACUCAAAAUAAUGAAGAAGUUGGUGUUUUAUAUCACAGACAAUUACCAAAGGCUCCAUCAGACGAAGAUAUUGGGGAGCUGCCUUUUGGGACCUACCACUAUGCUCAUUCUUGCUAAUCUAGUCUAGAUGACUUACAGUCCAACACAUAUAAGUCUAUGAUUGUUUAAAAAAAAAAAAAGUCUCCCGUGUUGUAAAUCACCUCUCUUCCCUAUCAGAUCAUUUGAAAACACACUGAAAUGAUUUCAUGGUAAACUUGGCUGUGUUUUUUGGUUUAUACUUUGUGUAUUGACAUAAGAGAAAUUUGCCUUCCCAUCCCCACCCCAAUGCCCUUCCUUUUUAAUUUUUGGAGCUAGAGUCUAGAUUCUACCAAUAAAGCUUCCUGUGUGAUUUUUGUCCCAUACAA